AUGGAAGGAAGGCAAAGAUUCAAUCUUAAAAGAGGGUGUGCCAGCGAAGGUGGUGUGGUAUUUUCCUCCAAUUCCAAGACAACUAAGAGUUUGACUUGGCAUGCUGCUAGAAAAUCAGUUGACGGUCAGAUGUCUCAUCCAGUAGAUUCCCCGUCUUGGAAACUUGUUGAUGAUAAAUGGCCCGAGUUUGGUAAAGAGCUGAGAAACUUGAGAUUGGCUCUCUCAUAUGAUGGAUUCAAUCACCACAGUUCUUUAAGUAGCAAAUACAGUUGUUGGCCAGUUAUCUUAGUUGCAUAUAAUCUCCUACCAUGGCUAUUCAUGAUGUUGACCUUAUUGAUUUCUGGUCCUAAACAGCCUAGAAAUGAUAUAGAUGUCUACUUAGAGCCUUUGAUUGAUGAUUUAAAAUCUCUGUGGGAUGGGAUUAGAGGAGUGUAUGAUGCACAUAUAGGAGAAUACUUUACACUCAAAGGUGUAUUACUGUGGACAGUUAAUGAUUUUCCUACCUAUGACAACUUAUCUGGCUGUGUCGUUAAAGGAUAUAAAGCUUGUCCAAAAUGUGGCAAUGAUACACCUAGUCAUAGGUUGAAAAAUGGCCACAAAAUUUGUUACAUAGGGCAUAGAAAAUGGUUACCAAUUAAUCAUCCACAUCGGAGGUAG